AUGUUCAUGAUCAUUCGAGAGCCGUUUGCCGGAGGAGGCGGUGCUGGAGGGAUGAGCGCACCACCGGAGAGGAGCGCAAAACAGGUGCAGGCCGCCAUCAAGAGGAAGGUGGAAAAGCAGAAGAAGCGAACCAGCAAGCAGGGAGCGGGUAGUGGAGAAGUUGAAACUGGUCCCCCUCAGCCCCCUUGCCAUCACAAAUCCGGUCAGAUCCCCCAAACGAUGACAGCGGCGGCUGCUGAGGACAGAACGGCGCUGGAGGGGAAGCUGGAGGAGAUGAUGGAGGGAACAAGGAGGAGAGAGAAGGAGAAAGAGAAGGUGGUGGAGCCCAUCGACCUGCUGCCCAUAGUGGGCUCCAUGUUUGGCCAGCCUGAUCUGCCUCUAAAGAGGGCAACGGAGGGGCCCCUCCGGGGUAACGACGUGGAGGAAAAGUCAUUCAAGGAUCCUUUCGGUGCACUAGUGAAGAACUGCAACAUGCUGCACAACAUCGUGGGCCCGGCCUGCAUCUUCCUUAGACAGGGCUUUUCUCAGACACUCCUGACUCACACAUGUGAAUGUGUGUUUUUACCAGAGCUCCGCGAGGCGUUUGUGGAGUUUGAUAAGAAUAAAGAUGGCUACAUCAGUCAUAAAGACCUGGGGGAGUGUAUGAGGACCAUGGGAUACAUGCCCACAGAGAUGGAACUCAUCGAGCUCAGCCAGCAGAUCUGUGGAGGUAAAGUGGACUUUGAAGACUUUGUGGAGCUGAUGGGACCCAAGAUGCUGGCAGAGACAGCAGACAUGAUUGGAGUCAAAGAACUACGAGAUGCAUUCAAAGAGUUUGACUCUAACGGUGACGGCCAGAUCAGUUUAACGGAGCUGCGGGAGGCCAUGAAGAAGCUGAUGGGAGAGCAAGUGACCAACAGAGAGAUCAACGAGAUCCUCCGAGAUGUUGACCUCAAUGGAGACGGUCUGGUGGACUUUGAGGAGUUUGUGCGGAUGAUGUCCCGCUGACCGGUUCAGCUGCCCACGUGUCAGAUGGACAGACAGACAGACAUUAUGCAACUGCUGGAUAGGACAACACUCAACACGUGUAGUGCACAUUCUUCAUCUGCUCUUAAGAGCAUGCAUCUAAAAUUCUAUUUUUAUAGUAAAUAAAGGAAAAUGAGAAAAAAAAAAUGCUUCGAAUAGACAAAUAGAAUCCAGCCUGCAACUAACAUGACUGUCCAGAUCUGAACUCAAGGUGCAACACAGUAAUAAAGCAUUAUAACAGCUUUGAAACAUAUCAAAAGCUUCACAG